AAGCCUUGGGCAACAAGACACAUCCAUGCGGAUUAAAUACUAAAUCGGACACCAGUCUUCCUUCAUAUUGCUCUUCACGAAUGGUCAUGGACUUAAAAACACCUUUGUUAGCAAAUCCUAAUGAAACGCACACUAUUACUUCCUAUGCAAAUGCUAGUCUGCUCAGUCUGCUCACAUUCAGCUGGCUCAACUCUCUGCUUAAACAUGGAAACAAGACAUGUUUAAAGCUUGAUCAUGUGCCUUCUCUAUUCGGCAAGGACACUGCCUUGCACUCAGAUCUUACAUUCCAAUCCAACCUGAGUAAGCUUAGGGCAAACAGUCCAUUAUGCAGCACAGGGCUGGCAAAAGCUAUAUUCUUAUCUAUUUGGGAAGAAUGGUCUGUGAAUGCGCUGUUUGCAUUGGCCUAUACCAUUUCAACUUUUGUGGGUCCUUACCUGAUAAGCCCAUUAAUGGAGUAUUUGGAAGGAAAACAAGAACAAGUGUUUGGGUACGGGGGUGGAUAUAUGCUUGCCUCUGUUUUCAUUGGGACAAAGGUGAUAGAAUCAUUUACAAGGCCAUAUUGGUUCUUUGGAUCCCAUAGGCUUAGCUUACAGAUCAGAUCAGCCCUGACAGCUGCCAUAUAUAAGAAAGGUCUCAAGCUUUCAUAUACAGCCAGGCAAAGACAUUCUAGUGGAGAAAUUAUCAAUUAUGCAAGCACAGAUGUCCACAUUGUUGGAGACUUCGCUUGGUUUUGGCAUGAUAUUUGGUUGUUGCCAGUACAAAUUCUCCUUGCUCUUUUCAUUUUGUACCGAAAUCUAGGGAUAGCGUCACUAGCAGGCCUGGCAGCAACAAUUGCCUUGGCACUUGCAAACCAGCCUUUUGCGGGAUUGCAAAAGAAAUUCCAUUAUAAGAUAAUGGAAGCCAAGGAUGAGAGGAUGAAGAUCACUUCGGAGGCAUUGAGGACUAUGCAAAUAUUAAAACUUUAUGCUUGGGAAACUAAAUACAUGCAGAGGUUACUGGAUAUGAGGAAAAAUGAAUGUGGAUGGCUGUGGAAGUAUUUAUACGCUAGAGCUAUUGUUACAUUUGUUUUCUGGGUAACUCCAAUUCUUGUUUCGGCUGCGACAUUUUGCAUUUGUGUAUUCGUAGGAGUAAAUUUAACCACUGGAAAAGUCCUUGCCACAUUAGCAACUUUAAAAGUCCUUCAAGGUCCAAUACAACUUCUUCCAGAUUUAGUUUCUGCACUAGCUAAGACUAAAGUAUCUCUCGACAGAAUUGCCAACUUUCUGGAGAUGGAAGAGCUUCAAUGUACUGCAGUAGAAAGGACAGAAAUGAGGCCAAGCGGAGCAAUAAUUGACAUUGAAGGUGGAGAAUUCAGUUGGGAUCCUUUCUCGCCUGCAUCUAAUUUAUCAGUAAUUAGGUUGCAGGUGAAAGCUGGGAUGAAAGUUGCGAUCUGCGGACCAGUUGGUUCAGGCAAGUCAAACAUUCUGUCCUGUAUUCUUGGAGAAAUGACAAAAAUAUCUGGGGAAGUUAAGGUGAGAGGCCGCACAGCGUAUGUUUCUCAGUCUCCAUGGAUACAGUCUGCGACAAUACAAGAGAACAUAUUGUUUGGGAAGGCAAUGAAUGAAAUAAAAUAUAAAGAAGUUAUCAAAGCUUGUGCAUUGGAGAAGGACCUCCAGCUGUUCUCUCAGGGAGACCAAACUCAGAUAGGAGAGAGAGGUAUUAACUUGAGUGGUGGACAAAAGCAAAGAAUACAGCUCGCUCGUGCUAUAUACCAAGAUGCACAUAUCUAUCUUCUUGAUGACCCUUUCAGUGCUGUUGAUGCAGACACUGGAACUCACCUCUUUGAGGAAUGCAUACAAGGAAUUUUGAGAUCAAAGACCAUAUUAUAUGUGACUCACCAAGUUGGAUUCUUACCUCCUGCAGACCUCAUUCUAGUAAUGCGAGAUGGCAUGGUUACUCAGGCUGGUAAAUACAACAAUCUUCUCCAAGAAGGCAUGGAUUUCAUUAGAAUGGUUGGUUCACAUGAUCAAGCUUUGGAGGCUGUUAAUGCAUCAAAAAUCCAAUCCAGUUUUAAAAGUAGUGGACAUGAGCAAAUGAGUGAACAUACGAGUAAGAGACAGAUAACAUCUCAAAACUCUUGCAAGGCAGCCAGUACCCUGAACAUCCAGGAUGCAGUACAAAAUAUAGAAAAGAAUAGUAGAGAACAUGGUGCAGAGGAUCCCAGACCAAAGAAAGAACAGAUUGUGCUGGAUGAAGAGAAACAGCAAGGAAGGGUUAGUUUUCAGAUUUACUGUUCCUAUCUAACUGCAGUAUACAAGGGCCUCCUAGUCAUUGUGAUAUUACUGGCUCACGUGUUUUUCCAAAUAUUGGAAAUCUCUAGUAACUGUUGGAUGGCAUCUGAAUCUCCCACAAGCAUAGAUGACAAACAAAUCAUUGACAGUUCUCUUCUCAUUUUAGUGUAUAUUUUACUGGCAGUGGGCAGUGUUUUUUGUGCAUUCGUGCGAUCUGUAGUUCUGUCAAAAGCUGCUCUUCAGACAGCACAAAUGUAUUUUGUGAGAAUGCUUACUUGUAUUUUCCAUGCACCAAUGGCUUUCUUUGAUGCAACUCCUACCGGUCGCAUAUUAAAUCGGGUAUCCACGGAUCAAACCGUAGUGGACUGGGUACUUCCUUUCUACUUUGGGAGGCUAGCUUUCUCAGUGAUAGAUUUACUGGGGAUAAUUACUGUUAUGUGUCAAGUUUCAUGGAAGGUGUUUGCCAUAUCCAUACUAGUCUUGGCAAUUAUUGUAUGGUACCAGAGGUAUUAUAUAGAGACAGCAAGAGAGUUGGCCCGUCUGAUAGGUGUUCAAAAAGCUCCAAUCAUAAACCAUUUUGCAGAGUCUAUCUCUGGGGCAUCCACUAUAAGAGCAUUUGAUCAAGGUGGUCACUUCAUAAAUACCAAUCUCACUUUACUUGACGAUUAUUCACGAGCCCGAUUCCACAGCUCUGCAUCUCAGGAAUGGCUUGGCCUUCGAAUGAACUUGCUAUCAAACUUUAUAUUUUCUUCUUGUUUGCUAUUUCUAUUGAACUUUCCCAAGGGCGCUGUUGAUCCAAGUGUUGCAGGGCUAGCUGUAACAUAUGGAUUGAAUCUGACAGCAUUGCAAUUUGUGGUGAUAUACUUCCUAUGCUAUGUGGAAACCACAAUAAUUUCUGUGGAGAGAAUCUUGCAAUAUUGUAAAAUUCCAAGUGAGGCUCCAUUACUAAUCGAAGAAAAUCGGCCAAACUGUGAUUGGCCAUCAAAUGGAACAGUAGAUUUUGACAAUUUACAGGUCCGCUAUGGGGCACAUCUACCAAUCAUCUUAAAAGGCAUCACAUGUAGCUUUCCAGGUGGGAAGAAGGUGGGGAUUGUGGGUCGUACUGGUAGCGGCAAAUCUACUCUCAUCCAAGCCCUGUUUCGCAUUGUAGAACCUGCAUGGGGAAAAAUUAUGAUUGAUGGUCUUGAUAUCACAAAAGUGGGCCUGCACGAUCUCCGGUCCAGGAUAAGUAUAAUUCCUCAGGAACCGGUAAUGUUCGAGGGAUCCAUACGGGUGAAUCUAGACCCACUUGAAGAGCACUCUGACACUGAAAUUUGGGAGGCUUUGAGAAAAUGCCAACUAGAAAGAGCUGUCCAUGCAGAGGAAGGAAAAUUGAAUUCGAAGGUGAGUGAGAAUGGAGAAAACUGGAGUAUGGGUCAGCGGCAGCUUAUGUGUUUAGGAAGGGUUCUUCUUAAGAAAAAUCGUAUACUGGUGCUGGAUGAAGCUACAGCUUCAAUAGACACUGAAACAGAUUUUCUUAUUCACGAGACAGUUCGUAGAGAGUAUGCUGAAUGCACAGUUAUUACUAUAGCACAUCGAAUCUUUACUGUAAUGGACUCUGACUUGGUUCUAGUGCUCAAUGAAGGCAGAAUUGUGGAAUAUGAUUCUCCAUCUCAACUUCUCCAACAGAGUUCAUUUUUUAUGAAGCUUGUAGAAAGGUACACUGGCAGAUCAAGUGACACAUCAGACAUGAGCUGAAAUCUCAAUUACUGGGCAAUUUAAGUGUGUUGGAUAUCUCCUGGUCCAAAGUGUUCCAUGGCAAGAUCUCUAUUUGCUAUAUGGAAUAGAAUUAGUAAUUCAAUAUGAUUCACACAGAAUCUACAUAUGAUCUUAUUAAAAAAUACUAUUUCGAUUAAAAGAUAAUAAAUAAUUUAGUCUGGAUUUAUAAUAAUGUUAGUGAUUUAUG